AUGGAGACCCUGAUCCCCGUGAUCAAUAAGCUGCAAGAGAUCUUCAACAUAGUGGGCACGGAGGCCAUCCAGCUCCCGCAGAUCGUGGUCAUUGGCUCCCAGAGCAGUGGAAAGAGCUCUGUUCUGGAAAGCAUUGUGGGCCAGGAGUUUCUUCCAAGAGGUUCUGGAAUCGUGACUCGGAGACCCCUGAUCCUCCAGCUGGUGCACGUAGCCUCCCUGGAGGAACGGAAGCAAGCAGCAACCUCAGAGACAUGUGUCCAAGCAGAGGAAUGGGCCACUUUCCUGCAUUGCAAACAUAAGUCAUUUACAGAUUUUAAUGAAAUCCAACAGGAAAUUUCUAAUGAGACAGAUCAGGUCACCGGUACCAAUAAGGGGAUCAGUCCUGAGCCUUUGUACCUGAAAAUCUGUUCCUCAAAAGUCCUCAGUUUGACUCUGGUUGACUUGCCUGGAAUCACCAAGGUCCCUGUGGGAGACCAGCCCCCUGACAUCGAGGUGCAGGUCAGAGACAUGAUCCUGUCCUACAUCAGUAGCCCCAGUUGUCUCAUCCUGGCUGUCACUGCUGCCAACACAGACACGGCCACUUCUGAAGCCUUGAAACUUGCCCGGGAUGUGGUUCCUGAAGGUCACAGGACCUUGGCAGUGAUCACUAAGCUGGACCUCAUGGAUGCUGGGACAGAUGCAAUGGAUGUGCUGAUGGGUCGAGUCAUCCCUGUGAAGCUGGGCAUUAUUGGAGUGGUGAAUCGGAAUAGUGCAGAGUCUUCAGGCACUUUCCCUAUCUCCCUGCCCAGGAGCCAGCAUGACAUCAGCACACAAAAGAACAUCAGUGAUUCCCUGCAGGAUGAGCAGGGCUUCUUGCAGAAGAAAUAUCUUCUGGCCAACUGGAAUGGCACCCGCUUUCUUGCUAAGACACUCAACAGGCUUCUGAUGUACCACAUCUGAGAUUGCCUGCCUGAGCUGAAGACACGUGUGAUCGUGCUGACAGCCCAGUACCAGUCUGUGCUGCAGAGCUGUGGGCAGCCUGUUCAAGACCAGAAUGCCACUCUGCUGCAGAUCAUCACCAAAUUUGCCACUGAAUACUGCAACACCAUUGAAGGCACAGCAAAGAAUAUUGAGACCUCAGAACUCUGUGGUGGUGCUCGCAUGUGGAAUGAGACCUUUGGCCAGACUCUGGAAUCCAUUGAUCCUCUGGCUGGACUAACCAUGUUGGACAUCUUGACAGCCAUCCGAAAUGUCACGGAAUUGCUGCGCUUUCCCAAGCUACAUGAGGCCAUUGUGGAGGUGGUGGCCAGCGUCUUGAGGAAGAGGUUACCAAUAACCAAUGAAAUGGUUCACAACCUCGUGGCCAUUGAACUAGCCUACAUCAACACCAAGCAUCCAGAUUUUGUUGCUAUGACUCUUGUCUCAGCUUCCAUGAAUAGUAAUAAGAGUGACACCUGCCAGCCGAAUGGUUCUAGGUGCAGGAAGAGUGAGAAAGUGGGGGAUGAAACUGUUCCCGAGGAAAAGGAGAUUCCCAGAUCAUCUCAGUUAUGCGUCCUCCCUAACACCAGCCGAACACAUCCCAUCAACAUGUUAGAUGCGCCCAUGCCAGGUGCCAGAAAACUGAGUCAAAGAGAACAGCAUGACUGUGAGGUAAUCCGCAAACUGAUCCAGUCCUACUUCCUUAUCGUUCGGAAGAACAUCCAGGACAGUGUCCCCAAAACAGUCAUGCACUUCCUGGUGAACUAUGUCAAGGACCACCUUCAGAGUGAGCUGGUGGGAAAGUCAUACAAGACCCAGCUACUGGAUGGGCUGCUGACUGAGUCUGAAGACAUGGCCCAACGGCGAAAUGAGGCAGCUUCCACGCUCAAGGCCCUACAGAAGGCCAACCAGACCAUCUCUGAAAUCCGAGGGACUCAGCUUUGGUGAGUGGUGUUCACCAUGCCCGCUGCCCUGAGUCUACUGUAACCUUAGGGGUAGUGCUGCCAGCUUGUUUUUGCCGACCUCGUUCCAGACCCUGUUGCCUCUCUUGUCUGCACAUUCUCAUCAUGAUCCAGUUCAACAGACCUUCUUGCAAUGGCCCAUUUGACACCAAGAAUCAAACUCCCAAGGAUUGUUCUGGGGGUAGGGACUAGAAAAUGAACAUGGCUACUUGAGGGAGUCAGCAGAGAAGAAUCAUCAACAUAGCCAUCUUUUCCCUCCACCACCCCACCCUCAUUCUGGGUAUGGCUCCUUGUAUCUACCCACAUGGUAUGGCCUGGUGUAAUGAGCAUGUCCAUCUCUCCUCUCUAAUUUUCUUGGUAGCAUGGAGAGUGGACAGGGUUAGGAGUGCAAAUUUGGCCCAUUGAGCUGUGAGUGAUUUCUCUGUGUCUCUCUUCCCUCCUUCCCCUUUUUGCUGAGAUGAGGAAAUCUUGGAAGCAAGCAGGGUGGGCAGCAAACAGCAGGCAAACUCUAGCCUUAGGUGAAGGAGUGGGGAGUGCCACCAUGGACUAGGCCAAGCACCAGG